GUGGGUUCAAGACAGGUGAGAGCAUCCUGCAGGUCGCCGCCCAGGAGCCGGGGGGCACUUGGCGCGCUCUCCAGGGACAGGCUGCACUGGAAACCUGAAAGUUUUUGGCUUUUAUUUUUUUAUGCAGAUGCACUUAUAAAGAUAUAAGUACAUUUUUGUUCUUCCCUUGUCUCCAAGCGAGUACUUUUGGCAAAGGACGGAGGAAAAAGCUCAGCAGCAUUUUGGGGGGCGGUUGUUGUAUUUUUUCUUUUUAAGAAAAAUAUUUGCAUCGCAAUGGAGAAAAUGUCCCGACCGCUCCCCCUGAACCCCACCUUUAUCCCGCCUCCCUACGGCGUGCUCAGGUCCUUGCUGGAGAACCCGCUGAAGCUCCCCCUUCAUCCUGAAGACGCGUUUCAUAAAGACAAAGACAAGGACAAGAAGCUGGACGAUGAGAGUCACAGCCCGACCAUCCCCCAGUCCGCCUUCCUGGGACCCACCUUAUGGGACAAAACCCUUCCCUAUGACGGAGACACUUUCCAGUUGGAGUACAUGGACCUGGAGGAGUUUCUGUCCGAAAACGGCAUCCCCCCCAGCCCUCAGCACGACCAAAGCCCGCACCCCCCGGGGUUGCCGCCCGCCUCCUCCGCUGCCCCCUCCGUGGUGGACCUCAGCAACCGGGCCUCUGCACCCCUUCACCCUGGCAUCCCGUCCCCGACCUGUAUGCAGAGCCCCAUCAGACCAGGUCAGCUGUUGCCGGCGAACCGCAAUACACCGAGUCCCAUCGAUCCCGACACCAUCCAGGUCCCGGUGGGUUAUGAGCCGGACCCGGCAGACCUCGCCCUGUCCAGCAUCCCUGGCCAGGAAAUAUUUGACCCUCGCAAACGCAAGUUCUCCGAGGAAGAACUGAAGCCGCAGCCCAUGAUUAAGAAAGCUCGCAAAGUCUUCAUCCCCGAGGAUCUGAAGCAGGAUGACAAGUACUGGGCAAGGCGCAGAAAGAACAACAUGGCAGCCAAGCGCUCCCGCGACGCGCGGCGGCUGAAGGAGAACCAGAUCGCCAUCCGCGCGUCCUUCCUGGAGAAGGAGAACUCGGCCCUGCGCCAGGAGGUGGCCGACCUGCGCAAGGAGCUGGGCAAGUGCAAGAACAUUCUGGCCAAGUACGAGGCCAGGCACGGGCCCCUGUAGGACGGUAUGGAGGGGGCUGGCCUUGGACUAGAUGGACACUGCGUUUCCCGUAUGACAGCACCCCACCCCACCCGCCCUUCCCAUCAUCAGCACUUUACCGAGGCAUCAAUCAACACAACUGACUCCCGCUGUGGCGUGUGCGCGCUGGGCGCACGGGCUUGAGCGCGCCUGUGGCCAGCGGUGUGCGUUCCUUUGCACUUGCCAUUUCCAGAGAACCCGCUCAUCCUCUUUCAGGUCCCCAAACAGAAAGGUGCCAUGUUUAUACUGGACUAUGGAGACCUCCGGCGGGGUUUCCUGCCCCUCUCCUCCUCCCCACUCCUGCCCUUUCCACGCGGCUUCGUGGUCGCUCUUCCCUGCUCUGCUAGGACCCUGUGUUUGGAUCCACCCACCUAAAGGGCCCUGGGAGAACAGGAGCUCUCAGUUUUCAAGACCCUGCUGUAAGUUACCAUGCCAACACGGUGCACAAAAGAGCCCAGCACUACUGUGUGCCCUCUUCAGUUGUAGGUCGCUUUCUUCAUCUUUUCAGUUUGAAUGAUCAUCGUCUUCGCAUUGAAAGUGCUGUUUAGAUUAAUUAGAUCCCAUAUUUACUCACCGUGCUAUCUACUAAGUUUCCUUUUCAUUCUCCCCCCCCCCCAUCCGUAAGAGUACUCUCAUAGACCACAGAGUGUGUUUUUGCACUGUCUGUACCUAAAGCAAUAAUCCUAUUGUACGCUAGAGCAUGCUGCCUGAGUAUUACUAGUGGACGUAGGAUAUUUUCCCUCCCUGAGAAUUCCACCCUCUUUUAAAAAACAAAAAUGACAGCAAUGCAUUUGAGCAUGCCCAGAACAUCCCCACCCAGGACAGGGAAGCAGAGGGAAGUGGCAGGUCUGAGAAGGAAGGGCUCCUUCAUCAGCAUAGGAGCCAAAAAAAAAAAAAAGUGCAUUUUGGGAAUGGCUUUUGGACAUGGAUAUGUUUGGUUUUGUUCUCUCCCUUCUCCCAUAACCCUCCCCCCAUACCCCACUUUUAUAGUUAACUUUUUCCAUAGCCCUCUUGAUAUUCCCAGCAACUCCAUUAAGAUUCAGUUUCCCCCGUUUUUUGUAAUAUAUAUAUUUUUGUGACUUCUACCUGGCUGUUUUUAAACAUCAGUUACGUUAAUGAGUUGGUGUUUUGUAUGACCCCUUUUCCUAGCGGUGCCCUUUUCGAAUGCUUCAUAAAUUAAUGAUUCUGGAGCCUACGGCUCUUAUCCUGUUUGCUUUUGAACGUGUGUGCUUUUAUAACAUGGACCUUCUGAGAAAUGAAUGUAAAAGACACUGGUGUAUCUCAGAGGGGGAUGGUGUUGUCACAAACUGUGGGUAAUCCAAUCAGUUUAACUGUUUACUAUAGACCCAAAGGAGAGAUUAUGAAAUUGUCUAAUGUUUAUACAGAGUAAUUAUAGGAAGCUCUUUUUUUGUACAGUAUUUUUCAGAUAUAAAUACUGACCAUGUAUUUUGGAAGACAUAUAUUAUAUAGAGCAAAGAGAAAAGGAUAACUAGUCCAUGUUUUGAAAUUAUAUAGCAAAAAUAUAUAUAUAUAUAUUCGUCAGCGUUGUACAGAGAAGGGCUUGGGGGUUUUGAUGUCUCUAAUAUUGUAAGCCUAUCACUGACACAUCAGCAUGUUUUCUGCUUGGAAAUUUCACAACAGUAUGGAGGCCCGCUGUGCUGAAUCCUGCUCUAACAUAUAGAAGGAGGUGUCCUGUUUCCUAGUUGGUCUCAGAAAGAAGUCAGUGAACGUCACCCAAAAGCACAAAAUGGAUGUUAGUCAAAUAUUUAUUGGAUGCUACCGUGUUUUUUAGGGGAAGCAUCUGCCACAAAAAUGUUCACUUCAAAACGAUGACUUCCUGGACUGGAAUAUCACCGCACACCCCCGCGCGGAGCUCAGUCCUUCCCGUGGGCACGCGCGUCGUAGGCAGUUGGCGGUCGAUAUCGGUGCUAUGUGUGACUUAUGACUUGAUGGAUGUUCUGACUUUAAAGAUAGUUCUUCCGUUUUGCUCAGUUGUGUCAUGUCAAGAGAUUCUGCUGUUAUUACAAAGAAACACUUUGUGCUGGAUUAAAACACCCUUUCCUCUGUGA